AUGUCCCCAUCCCCGACGUCUUCUCGCGGCACGCCGACUCGGCGCGGCGUGGGCCGCGGCCGCGGGGGUACGCCCCGCGCUGGCGCAACCGCCUCGCCCAGUCCUGCACCAACAAAUACGUCAACACCCAAGCCUAGUCGAAUCGGGCCGUAUUUUACAUCUUGCCUGUCGAUUCCCGUUCAGGGCGCCAAACCGAUCGCGCGUCCAAACGGAACUUCGACUUCACCAUCAAACGUCUCUGCGCCAUCUGGAUCUGGAUCUUCUAACGCUGCUUCCUCCUCCGCUCCUGCUGCUAUUUCAAAGUCUACUUCUGUCUCUGCUGCUAGUACUUCUCAGGAUGACUCUAAUGCUCGUCGUGCUCCGCGGAAAUCCAAGACUGAUGCGAUGGCUGCUCUCGCCAACCACAAUGAGCGCGAAGACGACGAUGCUAGGCGGGCGGGGAACCCCGCAGACAGUCUUUCUACGAUCUUCGGGAAGGGCGCCGAGCCGAUCCCGACUGAGCCUCGCCUUAAUAUGUCUACUGUGAAGACUCGCUCUCCUCGCCUCAAAUCGGGCGGCACCUCUCAGGCGUCGACGUCGCGCCCUUUCGGACUGGACGAAUGCCCCACAUAUUUCCCCACUGCGGAGGAGUUUGCGGACCCUAUGGCGUAUAUGCGUCAAAUCGGCCCUGAAGCACGAGAGUACGGUAUCGCGAAGAUCGUGCCGCCCGAGAAUUGGGAGAUGCCGUUCGUAACGGACACGGAGCGAUUCCGAUUCACGACUCGGCUUCAACGGCUCAACUCCAUCGAGGCGAGCUCUCGCGCGAAACUCAAUUUCCUGGAGCAGCUCUAUCGCUACCACCAGCAAGUCGGGAACACGCGCGUCUCGGUGCCCACGAUCAACAACAAGUCGCUGGAUCUGUGGCUUCUUCGUAAGGAGGUCGAGAAGAUGGGCGGUUAUCAGGCUAUCAACAAGGCGCGCAAGUGGACUGACGUCGGAAGGCAGCUGGGAUACACGGGCGUCCCUGGGCUCUCGACGCAGCUCAAGAACGCGUACACACGUGUGAUCCUGCCGUAUGAAGAGUUCCAGCGGCAUGUCAAGGCGUCUCCCGCGCUCGCGCAUAUCUCCACUGCUGCGCGCGAUCCCAACCUUCGCACGCACGCGCCGCCGCAGGCGAGUGCGUCUUCGACUGCUGCGAGUACGGCGACGGCGGUCUCUACUGCAGCGAGUUCAACCGUGGUGGCGCCCGAGAGCCCGCUUUCGGAUGAGGAGUCCGAGCUUUCUGAGAUGGAGGUUGAGGACGAUAAGUCGGCGUCGGCGUCGCGAUCCAGGAGGUCUACGAGGGGAUCCUCGCUUGACACGACUCCGUCAAAGAAACCUAUGUCGACAGCUGUCCCGCCACUACAACCUGUGAAGAAUGCUACCACUCGCGCCGACAGGGAUCGCGAGUCUGACGAGGAUUCCGGCGAGCAAGCGUGUGAAGUAUGCCAUAGCAAUGACAACGGCGAGGAGAUGUUGUUGUGCGAUGGCUGUGACUGCGGCUUCCACAUGUUCUGCCUAGACCCGCCCCUCCAUACCAUCCCAAAGGGGCAAUGGUUCUGCCACACCUGCCUCUUCGGGACGGGCGGUGACUACGGAUUCGAUGAGGGCGAAGAGCACACCUUGACGUCGUUCCAAGCGCGGGACGCGGAAUUCCGCAAGCUCUGGUUCACGUCUCACCCUCCGGAUCAGACGAAGCACGACCCCAGCGACGCCGUCGCGUACAAGUACGGUGAGGUGACCGUCACGGAGAACGACGUCGAGAACGAGUUCUGGAGGCUCGUGGAGGAUCCGAAUGAUACGGUCGAGAUUGAAUACGGCGCCGACGUGCAUUCGACGACGCACGGCUCGGCAAGCCCGACGCUGGAAACGCAUCCGCGCAACCCGUACGCCAAGGAUCCAUGGAACCUCAACAACAUGUCUAUUCUCCCCGACUCGCUACUGCGCUACAUCAAGAGCGACAUUUCGGGCAUGACGGUGCCGUGGAUCUACGUCGGCAUGGUGUUCUCGACGUUCUGCUGGCACAAUGAGGACCAUUAUACUUACAGCGUCAACUUCAUGCACUGGGGAGAGACCAAGACGUGGUACGGUAUUCCGGGCGCGGAUGCCCAGAAGUUCGAGGCCGCCAUCAAGAGCGAGGCGCCCGACCUCUUUGAAGCGCAGCCUGACUUGCUGUUCCAGUUGGUCACCCUCAUGAAGCCCGAUCGUCUCCGCGAGGCCGGCGUCCGCGUAUUUGCAUGCAAUCAGCGCGCCGGCGAGUUCGUCGUUACGUUCCCGAAGGCGUACCACGCCGGCUUCAACCAAGGGCUAAACUUCAAUGAGGCGGUCAACUUUGCGCUUCCCGACUGGCUUGACUUUGGGCGUGAGUGUAUCCAGCGCUACCGCGAGCAUCGGAAGCUGCCCGUGUUCUCUCACGACGAGCUACUCAUGACGAUCACGCAUCACUCGCAGACGAUCGCGACUGCGAUGUGGUUGAAAGGUAGUCUUUUGGAGAUGACGAACCGUGAACGCGCGAACCGUGCCAAGGCGCGCUCGCUGAAGCUGCAAGAGGUGCUGGAGCAGGAGGAUCGGCCAGAGGACCAGUAUCAAUGCACCGUCUGCAAGGUGUUCUGUUACCUCUCGCAGAUCACCUGCGGCUGCACCAAUCGUGUCGUCUGCGCCGACCAUGCCGAGCAACUCUGCUCUUGCGCGACGGAGCAGCGCGCGCUUCGUCUUCGUUUCUCCGACGCUGAGCUGCAGGCUACGGCUGCCACUAUCGAGGAGCGCGCUCGUGCACCCGUCGAAUGGGUCGGUCGUCUCAACGCGCUUCUGAACAACACACCGCGACCCCCACUCAGCGCGAUGCGUGCCCUCGUAUCUGACGGCCGACGGAUUCAACACCCGCUGGAGGGUCUCGACGCUCUUGCCAAGUUCACGUUUGAAGCAAGCCGUUGGGUGGAUUCCGCCAACGCGAUUCUCGAGCGUAAGCCAAGCGUCAACGGCACGACCUCACGAUCUGCCAACACCCCUACACUCGCGCAUGUUCAGAACCUCAUGGUCACUGCGCGCAAGCUCGGCUUCGAGACGCCCGAGAUCGCGAGUUUGGAGAAGGUCGCUACGCAAGCCGAGGAUCUACAACAGCGCGCGACAGAACUACUUGCUACCAUCGAUCGCCGCGCUUCUGCCUGCGAUGCCGUUAUAUCCGAGGCAUCCGUACUCAACAUCAUCAUACCCGAGGUCGACAACCUCGCGAACCUCCUGCAGAGGGAGGAGGUGCUAAGCGAGCUACGCAUCGAGGUCGAGGAUAAUGCGAUGAGCCUGACCGAGGUCUCGACGCUGCUCGCGAGGGCGUAUGCUUUAGGUCUCACGCCGGAGAACAAGGAUAUUCGCGCGCUUGAGCAGCGUCAGCUGGAGGGUCAGAGCUGGGAAGAGCGCGCGCGUCAUGUUCUACAUCAACCGUACAAGACCAUCGACGAGCUCGCGCGCUUCCUGGAUACUGAGACGACGGCGUAUAUUGAACCCGCUACGCAGACGCGCCUCAAGGAGGCCCUCGAACGCGCUCGCAAGUAUGAGGCUCAAGCGAAAGCGUGGAGGGAUUGUCAGUCAUACCCGCAGAAGCCGUCUCUCAAUGAGGUCGAGCAGAUGGUGACCGCGUCGCAGAAGGAGUUCAGCAUCGCUGCCGUCGACGAGGUUAAAGACCUGCUCAACCGCGCGAAGGGCAUCGAGGGCAAGUGCGACGAGGCGCUGAACCGGCGCUACAAGCUCAACUAUACCGAGGACUUCUUCGACGUCAUGCAGAAGUGGAUCGACUACGGCAAGCAACAUCUUCAAAUGUUCAGCAUGCCGAAGUUCGAUGAACUCGACAAGCAGCUCACGCUGCACGCUCGCUGGGUCGAAAGUCUGCCGUGGUACCCACCCAUCGCCUCGUCCUCCAUGGUCGCCAAGCAGAUGUUCCACGACGUCAUCGCCGCUACCCGAUCCGAGGACGACCUCCCUCACGACGACGAAGGCUACAGUUGCAUCUGCGACGAACCGGUCCGGGCGCCGCCGGCAGGAGUGCCAUCAGACGCCGUCCAGUGCGACCACUGCGAUGCGCGCUUCCAUGGCAAGUGUGCGCGCUCCGGAGGUUCAUGUCCGUUCUGCGACCAGCGACAUUGGGACGGCACCCACGCUCGGCUACAGGAUCGACCCUGGCACUUCUGCUACAUGCCGAUGCUACUUCAGCAGGCACCGAUAAUCUCGAAGCACUAUUCGGAGCAGUAUCAUGAUCUCGAGCUCAUGGUUCAUCGACUCGACCGGCUUUCCGCCCACAUCGGCCAGUUCCUGGCGUUCACAUCCCAUCCCAUGAAUCAGAGGCGCGAUUAUCUCGGCUACGUACGGCACUUCAUGCGCAAGCUCUACACCAUCCGAUUCACUCUCAGCCCAUCGAUGGACGUCUCGUUUGGUCUGGAUCUCGCUGGACUGCAUCGUCUCCUCGCACGGCAGCCGCAGACGACACGCGCAAAGAAGCGCCGUCGGCCCAAGUUCACGUUCGGCCAGGAUGAGGAUCAAGACUGGGCGGACGGUACGCGUUGCAUCUGCCGUGGCCUGACGAGCUACCUCCUACACUACCCGAAGGUGACGUGCGAGACGUGCAAUCGGGUCUAUCACGCAGACUGCGUGUUCUACCCGAAGCACCUCCAGCAGAACGUCAUGCGCAAUGAGCUUCGGUUCGUAUGUCCGCUCUGCUGUUUGCGCAAGAACCGGCCGUACGAACAUGCGGAACUACGCGUGCGCUACACUCAACCUGGACAGCCCGUAAUACCCGGUCCUGGGGAGGUCUUCGUCGACACAGGCAGGAUGCUCGACACGUUCUCGAAGGAUCUUAUCCUCAUCGCAUUACCUUCUCCGUACAAGAACACUCUCUACGUCGAGCUCAAGCACUUCACACCCGGCCAGCCCGACUUUGCGCCCGCAAACGACAAGCCAAACGGUCGCAAGUCUCAUUCCGCAACAUCACCCACGGCCACAUCAUUACCGCCGGCUCCAGUCGCGGGUCCCCCAUCCGCCCCUCCUCCGCCUGGUCAGCGUGGUAGCGCUCCUCCCCCGCCAUGGCAACAGCUUCCUGCUGUCUCAGUGACUCCUGGCUACGCGCCGGUUGCACAACCGCAUCAGCGACCACGUGCGUCCAGCACUUCCCAAUCGUCACAUAUGCGGAGUAGGACCGCGAGCAUGUCGCGUACGAACGCACCGCACGAUAUUCACCACGGCAGGCCGCACUCGUCCUCGAUGUCCAAUGGCAGCCCAUCGCAUCCCCGUGCACCCAUCAGUGUUCACCUUGAACCCUCUUUGAAGCGCAAGCGUACGGAAGAUGAGGCUCUUAUGCACGCAAAGCGGCAGCAAAUGGCUCAGCAUUCCCCUCCAUCUCAUUCGAUGUCCGGUUCGACGUCGGCAAUUCAUAGACCGUCGUCGUCGCAUAGCCAGACCGUCGUAAUUCCGCCACCACCACCUCCAAACGCUGCUUUCCCCUCGCCGACUACCGUCAAGCGCAAGAGGACCGAGGAUGACAUUAUGCACGAGUCGGCGAAGCGCAUGAACACCGCUCAGGGGUCCCCGCCUAUUCCUGCAGCAGUGCCGACGCCUACAACCCCGCGUAACCCUGCUUCUGUAUCGCCUUCGAUCGCCAACAUGCUCGCGCCUGAGCCCCAUCAGUCUCCCCGUGCUCUCUAUGUAUCCGCGAUGUCGCCGUCGAGUGUGCGCUCGCCCGUACCGCCCGCGUCGGUCACUCGUUCGCCGGUGACGCGCUCGCCGGCAACGCAGCAGCGGGUGCCUACCAUGGAGUGGAAGCCACCCUCGUUCACUUCUCCUCAGCCUCAGAUCCGCUGA